UUUUCAGGUUCAACUCACACACAAAAUUCAAAGUUGACACCAAUUUUUUCCCUCAAUUUUUUCCAACAAAAAAGAAAAAAUGGAGACCGCAACCAGAAAAGAUGACGUCAUUUUCCGAUCAAAACUCCCCGACAUCUACAUUCCCAAGCACCUGCCGCUGCAUUCCUACUGCUUCGAGAACAUCUCCAAGUAUCGAACGAAGCCGUGCUUGAUCAACGGCGGCACCGGCGACGUCUACACCUACGAGGAGGUGGAGGCGAUCUCGAGGAGAGCGGGGGCGGGGCUGAGCCGCCUCGGCCUCCGCCACGGCGACACCGUCAUGAUCCUCCUCCCGAACUCGCCGGAGUUCGUAUUCGCCUUCCUCGGCGCCUCCUACAUCGGCGCCGUCUCCACCAUGGCGAAUCCCUAUUUUACCUCCGCCGAAGUGGUGAAGCAAGCCAAGGCCUCCAACGCCAAGCUCAUCGUGACGCAGGCGUGCCACGUCGGGAAAGUUAACGGCUACGCGUCGGAUCACGGCGUUAGGGUCAUGCUGGUGGACUCUCCGCCGCCGGACGCGGCGGCGGCGGAUUAUUUGCAGUUCUCAGAUCUGAUUUCCGCCGACGAGAAGGAAUUGCCGGCGGUGGAGAUCUGCCCCGACGAUGUGGUGGCGCUGCCGUACUCCUCCGGCACGACGGGGAUGCCGAAGGGGGUGAUGCUGACGCACAAGGGGCUGGUGACGAGCGUCGCGCAGCAGGUCGACGGCGAGAAUCCGAAUCUGUACAUUCACAGCGACGACGUGAUGAUCUGCGUGUUGCCGUUCUUCCACAUUUACUCGCUGAAUUCGAUCCUGCUGUGCGGGCUGCGCGCCGGCGCCGCCAUUUUGGUGAUGCAGAAAUUCGAGAUUGUUCCGUUUCUGGAGCUGAUUCAGAAGUAUAAAGUGACGAUCGGGCCGUUCGUGCCGCCGAUUGUUCUGGCGAUCGUGAAGAGUCCGGUGGUGGAUAAAUACGACCUCUCCUCCGUGCGGACGGUGAUGUCGGGGGCGGCGCCGCUGGGGAAGGAGCUCGAGGAGGCGGUCAGGAUUAAGUUUCCUAAUGCCAAGCUCGGACAGGGUUAUGGAAUGACCGAAGCCGGACCGGUGCUAGCGAUGUGUUUGGCAUUCGCAAAAGAGGCGUAUGAGAUAAAAUCUGGUGCGUGCGGGACCGUGGUAAGGAACGCUGAGAUGAAAAUCGUUGACACAGAGAGCGGUGCUUCGCUGGGGCGCAACCAGCCAGGCGAGAUUUGCAUCCGGGGUGAUCAAAUCAUGAAAGGUUAUUUGAAUGAUCCAGAAGCAACUGAAAGAACAAUAGACAAACAAGGAUGGCUACACACAGGAGACAUAGGGUUCAUUGAUGAAGAUGAUGAACUUUUUAUCAUUGAUCGAUUAAAGGAAAUUAUCAAGUACAAAGGCUACCAAGUUGCCCCCGCCGAGAUCGAAGCCCUCCUCCUCAACCAUCCCAACAUCUCCGACGCCGCCGUCGUCCCAAUGAAAGAUGAACAAGCAGGAGAAGUACCAGUUGCCUUUGUUGUGAAAUCAAAUGGAUCCACAAUUACUGAGGAUGAAAUCAAACAAUUCAUAUCCAAACAGGUUAUUUUCUACAAGAGAAUUAACAAAGUAUUUUUCAUUGACGCCAUCCCCAAAAAUCCAUCUGGAAAAAUAUUGAGAAAGGAUUUGAAGGCAAUAUUAGCAGCAACUACACCUUCCCCAAAUUGAUUAAGCUGCAAGUAUUUGAAGCCUAAUUAAGAAAAAAAAAAGUGCUUGUAAUAUUUUAUUGUAUUUUUUUAAUGGGUUUUUCAAGACACACAAAUGUUGGUGUGUUUGUUCUGCAGUAUUAGGACAAAGGCAAUUAAUUUUUUAAUUCUCGAUCCUAUGCUGCGAUAUAAAAUCAAUUAUUUGUUGAUUA